UCGGAAGAGGGCCGACGACUUGAUGACCGGGAGCAUCGAAAUGCAGCAUGAACGCAUUCAAUCAUCAAUAUCAUCCGAUGGAGACAACCUGACAGGACCUGUCAAGUGAGGGAUUGGAAAUUGCCCGUACUCUUCAGAAAGAGCAACACCAGGAUAACAGGCAAGUAUACUGAGUCCUGCCUCCUGGCAGGAUGUUUCCAUGCAUUAGGCCAAUGGUGCAUCAUCCCAUCUCUCCUUUCCCUUCGCCUCCCUUCGGUUACCUUAUUGCCCUUCCAAUAUUCACAGGAUGUUUCCUCGGCAGUGCAGUACAGCUCAUAAGAGACUUCGUACUCACAGCGUCCCAUGUUCCGAUCCCAGUGCCGCUGCCACACAACGGCCCUUACGUCGCCGGGGGGGUUGAAAGUGGGAGUGCCAGGAACCGAUGGGGUCUGGGUCUUCCCAGCUACACCCAGCGGAAGCCCGUUCAAGCCGCUCAGCGUAACGGAUACGGCGACCCGGUCCACCACCAAGUGGGAACACAAUCACCAUUUUACCUUGCUGUCCGAAAUCCCUCCCCCCUUCCUCCCGUGCUCCCCUUCCUUUUUGAACUGAUUUCAAGGAAGAGCAUUUUCUGCGCAGUGCGAAUCUGCGGUUUCCUCUGUCCCGUUUCUCCACUGGGGCAGUGCUGGCAGCGAAGACCAGUGGGCAAGUUGCAAUCCUGGACGCGUCAUAGGCCUCGUCAGGACUCAGGACUGAGUGCAGAUGGAGCGAGCUACCGCCUGUCCAGCGACGGCCUGCAGGCCGGCUGCUUCUGCUGCUGCAGGACCAGCUGUUCAUCAGGGCACUGAAAGCACAUAGACACGUGCGGCAGUGCGCUCGUGAGGACGGUGUUUCUGGGAGGGCUCUGGGGAUCGAUGCUUAUUGCUGUUUACCGUGGAAGACAGCAGCAA